CGCAGCACCGCCUCCGACCAAUCUGAGCAGAGCGACGAGGGCCCAGCUUUCUCCCUUUAGAGGAAAAAUAUGCGAACCUGUUCAUCCACCGGAAAUAACCUGAUGAUCUUUGCAUUUCUUAUUGGAGCUACAGUUUUAGUCUACUAUUUUCUUCCUAACGUCCUGCUUUCUGAUACCAAGCCUUCAGGGCUCCCACAGACACUUGGUAUGAGUAACAGCCGGCAGCUCUCAGUCAAUGUCACUGUGCAUUAUACCCAAAGUGCAGUAACACUGGACAUGUUCUACAGAGAAGCAGUACCACCAGGAAAGGAUGGAGAAAGAUCACAGCCUAGAUUGGAAAUACUGCUGCUACAUGGACAGGCAUUCAGCUCUAAGACCUGGGAAAGUCUUGGGACACUUAACCUUCUUGCACAACGGGGAUACCGAGCUCUCGCAGUGGACUUACCAGGUUUUGGAAAUACUUCACCCUUGGAGGUUGGGAAAACAGACAAGGACCGGGCUGACUUCUUGUUGACCCUCAUGAAUGCUGUGGGCCUUCAGACACCAGUCCUGAUCAGUCCAUCAAUGAGUGGGCGUUUCUCCAUCCCGUUUGUGAUGUUUCAUAACCAGAGACUGAAGGGCUUUGUCCCUGUUGCACCCAUCGGGACAAAUGCCUACAGUGCUGAGCAGUAUCAGAAAAUCCAGACCCCAACACUCAUUGUAUUUGGAGAACAGGACACAAACCUGGGUGUACAGUCCCUGAAGAAUCUCAGACAUCUUCCUCAUCACAACAUCGUCAAAAUACCCACAGCACACCAUGCUUGCUAUCUGGAUGAACCAAAAAAGUUUCAUGAUGCUCUGUUGGACUUUCUAACUAAACUUCAAACAACAGGAAUUCUGCAGAUGCUGGAAAUUCAAGCAACCCACAUCAAAGUUGCUGGUGAACGCAGCAGGCCAAGCAGCAUCUAUAGGAAGAGGCGCAGUCGACGUUUCAGGCCGAGACCCUUCGUCAGGACUAACUGAAGGAAGAUUACCAUGGCUGCCCUAAGACCUCUUACCAAGCCUAAUAUUGUGAAGAAACGCAGGAAGAAGUUCAUCCGUCACCAGUCAGAUCGCUAUGUGAAAAUU